CCUUUCUGUACAAGCAUCUGCAUUCCGAACUGUUCGGUAUGUGAACAAUGCUCGUUUUGUUUCGUUCGUCCACGAUGCUUUGGCUUACACUAUUUGAACAAAACGAAACAGUGUGAAACCAAGCACCACCAAGACACGGGUGUCUCGUUUAGCGUUUGAGACGUAUUCGUGCAGGCCUCUAAUGUGGAAUAGUGUAACCAACCUCAAAAAUCGAAAAAACUCAUAUUUCUGACUUACAAAAAGCAAAACAAUCUCAUACCACUUUUUGAUACCCAUUGCGAAAUAACUCCAUUUAAACGGUAUGUUGCAGAUAUGCGAUAAGUCCAUAUAAAGGGUUAAGUUCGAAAUCAGCUUCAGUUAUUCGCUCACAUCUCUUAAAAUCCAGACACGAUGAUGUCAAAAUGAAUGUCCUAUAACGUAUACAUCAACUCGAGAAGAAACACUGGAUCAUGAGUUUUUUACAUCGAUAUAAACUUGUUAUGAAACUGAACGCUUGAAAGAAAUUUUCAAAACAGGGUAUUUUCAAAACCUUAUAAAAACUAGUCAGUGCAUAAAAGUACAAAUUAAUUUUUGUGUACAAAUUACUAUUAUGAUGAGUUAUUUGACAAGAAUUCUUCUAAGUCUUAAUCUUUUUACCUACAUUAGCUCAAACUCGGAAAUAAAAAUUGGUGCCCUAUUUCCAACAAUAUCCAAGCAAAGAAGUGACCCAGAAGUGGCCUUCCAAUAUGCUGUUCAUAGGGUGAAUAAUGACAAAAGUCUUCUACCUGAUCUGAAGCUCAUACAUAAUAUUCAGUACAUCGGUAAGGACUCAUUUCAGACUGUUCAAAAAGUUUGCAAUCUUAUUGAAUAUGGGGUUCAAGCUCUAUUUAGUCCAACGGAUUCCCUGUUGGCCACUCACAUUAAUUCAAUAUGUGAUGAUCUGGAUAUACCAGACAUAGGAAUUGGAAGAUCCGCUCAAGAAUUUUCUAUAAAUGUUCAUCCAUCGCAACAAUAUAUAAAUCAAGCUUUCAUUGAUGUCAUUCGAUAUUUAAAUUGGACAAGGUUUGGUAUUUUAUAUGAAAAGGACCACGGAAUAUUAAUAUUAAAUGAAUUUUCACGGUCAAUUCAAGCAGAACUGCAUAUCCGACAAGUAUCGUCUGGUUCGUACUUGACUGUUCUUAACGAAUUUAAAAGCAACGAAAUUCAUAACAUUCUGAUUGACACAAACUCCGCUGGAAUUUCAAUUUUAUUAAAAAAUAUUCUUCAACAACAAAUGAAUGAAUAUAAAUUUCACUACUUUUUCACAAGCUUUGACUUAGAAAAUUUCGAUUUAGAGGAUUUUAAAUAUAACUUUGUAAAUAUAACAUCAUUUCGACUUGUUGACAUGGGCGAUGUAGCGGUCAAAGAAAUUCUUAAGGACAUUGAAUAUCAUAAUCGUCGACUUUUGAAUCACAAUGAGUCUACAUAUAAAUCAAGGAAAGCUGUUAGUAUCGAGACGGAGGCAGCUUUGAUGUUUGACGCCGUAUAUGUGUUUGCUAUCGGGUUACAGUCAAUUUAUCCACUACUUAAGCUACCAAAUCUGACUUGUGAUGAUGAAGUACCGUGGAAUGGGGGCCUUAGCUUGAUCAAUUAUAUAAAUGCGGUUGAGUGGAAAGGAUUGACCGGUCCCAUACAAUUUAAAGAAGGUCAACGCAUUCAAUUUAAGCUCGACUUAAUCAAGUUAAAGCAACAUUCUAUAGUAAAAGUUGGUGAAUGGACGCCUCAUAAUCAUCUUAAUAUAACGGAGCCUUCAUUAUUUUUUGACGCUGGUUCGAUGAACGUAACGUUGGUCGUAAUUACUAUAUUGGAAACGCCCUAUGUAAUGAUGCGUUACGGAAAAAACUAUACGGGAAAUGAACGCUUUUACGGAUUUUGUGUUGACAUUUUGGAACAUAUCUCGCAUGAAGUUGGAUUCGACUACAUAUUAGAUUUGGUUCCUGAUAGGAAAUAUGGCGCAAAAGAUCCAGAAACAGGUCAAUGGAAUGGAAUGGUGGCUCAGCUUAUGAAAUAUAAGGCGGACUUGGCUGUUGGUUCAAUGACAAUUACAUAUGCUAGAGAGAGUGUUAUAGAUUUCACUAAACCAUUCAUGAAUCUAGGAAUAAGCAUUUUGUUUAAGGUGCCCACGGCGGAACCAACUCGACUUUUUUCAUUCAUGAACCCAUUAGCAAUCGAAAUAUGGAUUUAUGUUUUAGUGGCAUAUAUACUUGUAUCAUUAACAAUAUAUUUAUUAGCAAAGUUAUCUCCAAUUGAAUGGCGUAGUAUACAUCCAUGUGAUAUUGAUCAUUUAACAAUUAGUAACCAAUUUACGAUAUCGGAUAGUUUUUGGUUUACUAUUGGGACGCUUAUGCAACAGGGGUCAGAUAUAUAUCCGAGGGCUACCUCUACUCGAAUUAUAAGUAGUAUUUGGGGAUUUUUUUCCCUUAUUAUAGUUGCAUCAUAUACUGCGAACUUGGCAGCAUUUUUAACUGUUGAACGUAUGAUUAACCCUAUUGAAAACGCUGACGAUUUGGCUAGCCAGACAGAAAUUUCCUACGGGACUUUAGAAAGUGGAUCAACAAUGACUUUUUUUCGGGACUCCAUGAUUGAAACCUAUAAAAAGAUGUGGAGAGUUAUGGAUAAUAAGAAACCUAUGGCAUUUACAUCUACUUACGAAGAUGGGAUAAGGCGUGUUAACCAGGGUAACUACGCCUUCUUAAUGGAAUCUACAAUGCUUGACUAUAUUGUUCAACGAGACUGCAAUUUGACGCAGAUCGGUGGCUUAUUAGACACAAAAGGAUACGGUAUUGCUACUCCUAAAGGAUCUCCAUGGCGAGACAAGAUAUCGUUGGCUAUACUGGAACUUCAAGAAAAAGGAGAUAUUCAAAUGUUAUAUGAUAAAUGGUGGAAAAAUACUGAUGAGACAUGUAAACGGAUAACCAGCAAUAAGCAGUCGAAAGCAAAUGCAUUGGGACUUGACAGUAUAGGUGGCGUUUUUGUGGUAUUGCUUACAGGAAUAUUAGUGGCGUUUAUUGUUUCAUUCCUCGAAUUUAUAAUUAACUUCCGACAACAAGCCAAAUUGAUGAGAAUUAAUCAAAACAGUUGUAAAAAUUCAAAUCAUUUAAACUAUACACCCGUUAAGGGUUCACAAACAACCACCCAUUUGGCAUACUUAUCUCCGCCUCGUUCUUUAUGGGUUGAAAUGUUUGAGGAGCUGCGAUUUGCAUUUUGGUGCACUAAUAAACGCCAACGUCCAGAACUUAAUAGUAGCUGCGCCCAAUGCCAAAAAUAAAUUCUAUAAUUUAAAAUUUAUAAAA